GCGAAACACCGUCGUCGUCCAAGCUGAAGCAGCGCAGCGCGCCUCCAAGCGGCCAUCAACGGAACCUGGUCGCUAGACCAGAACCAGUGCCAGUGUUUGGGCCAACAGGUUCGCCACCGGGCAAGUGUGUGGAUCCAAGUCUCCCCCCCCCCGGGUGAGGUCAAAUCCGAACUCCGGAGUGGGUUGCCUCAAAUCCAGCAGGUGUGCUCCCGAGCCUCAAGAUGGCCGCCCUGUGCGCUGGCAACUAUGGACUGACCCAGCAGCACUCCGGCAGCACCGGCGCCGGCGACAACAAGGAGCUCAUCUUCGUCAAGCUGACCGACUCGGCCCUGCGGGCCAUUGAGGAGUUCCAGCGGAAUCAGCUCAAACUGGGCGGCUCGCUCAACCCGUCGAUCCAGUUCGUCAACGGGCAGGGCCACCUGUCCUUUCCGUCCCACAACGGCAACAAUGUGCAAAAGUUUAGCUUCUCGCUCGCGGACAUCGAGGGCGGCGGCACGCUCGAGUGCGUCCAGCAGACGACCGGCCAGCCGCUGCAGAACAUCGGCCACAUCCAGCACAAGAUGCGGAUACACGCGAACGACGACGUGUACGAGACGACGCGGCACCGGAUGGCCGCGGCCGAGGAGACCAAAAAGGACAAAUGUACAAGAGAAAUCAAGCCCAAUCAAACCGACAUAGGACGUAAAGUGAUUAAAAAUCCAACCACUCGUAUCAGCAACAUUCCUCCUAGUAGUAAUUCAGUUUUAAGCAAACGUGAUUCUAGCAACAACACUUACAAUAACCAUAGUAGCAGCACCACCAACAACAACCACAUCAGCAACAACAACAGUAGUAGUGGUGCCGGUGUCAUCAACAACAAUAGUAAUAGUAGUCUCUCAGUCGCCUCCGCCAACAACAACCACAACAGCAGCAGCAACAACAACCACAACAACCAUCUGCUGAGCAACGGCAACAGCCACAGCAACCACGUCGCCAACAACGUCAUCAACCACAACAACAACAACAACAACAGCAGUAGCUACAACAACCUCUCGACAUCACCAAAACUAGCGGCGGCGGCGGCGGCGAAAAGCAAUGGCCUGCAGCAGCAGCACAACAACCACCUCCACCACAACAACAACAACAACAACAACCACAGCGUCAACAACCAGUCCUCCGGGGUGACGUUGCAGCAGCAGCAACAUAAACCGGGCUACCAGCCAACGGUGCACGAUCCUCCCUACCAGCAGUCCCAGCAAAAGUCUGAAAAUGGCACGGCGAGGGGCACCAACGGCCGGACGCAGCACGGCAAGCCGGAGAUUAUGAAGCGGAAUAUUCGUGAGAGGUUAAUCCACUUACUAGCACUAAGGCCAUACAAGAAACCAGAACUGUACGCCAAGUUAGCGCAAGACGGUAUCCGCGGCCAGGAGAAGAAUUGCAUAGCGCAGGCCCUCAAAGCGAUCGCCAGCAUGCGGGAUAACGUGUACUACCUGCACCGGCACAUGUGGAACGAUGUGCAGGAGGACUGGCCCUUCUACUCCGAGCAGGACCGGCAGACGCUCAAAAGGAGAAAGCCCCAAAACCUAACCCCUCCGCUCAGCUCGGACGGCGGCUCGUCGACUUCCGGCCAGAGUCCGUCCAGUGCGCACAACGGCAGCAGUCCCCCGUCCGGCAGCAAGCGACCGUCGAUAGCGGGCGACGAGGGCGGGGCCGCCGGUGCGAUGCCCACGGCCAAGAAGCCGCGGAUAAGUCACUACAAGAAGGACAUCCUUCCGGACAUUAACCGAUCCAACGUAACCCCGAACGCGCAGGAAUCGGAAGACAGCGGCGUCAGCCUGAGCUACUCGCUCGUGCCGAACGACGUGGCCAAGCGGAUACAGCACUCGGCCGGGGACGUGAUGGUGGCGGACACGCUGGUGAUCUCCGACCGGGACAACUACGACGACCAGAUCAGCGCGUACCGGGAGGAAACGAAGAAGGUGAAGAGCCUGAAGGAUGACUUUAGUGAUCAAUUUACUAGGAUAACCACGGUGGAACAACGGCGUAAAUACAAGACUGAAUUUGACAACGAUUUUCAAGAGUACCGGCGGCUGCACGAGAUCGUCGAGCGGGUGUCGCGGAAGUUUGCUCAGCUGGAGGAGGACCUGCAGCACCAGCGGAAUAACGAGAGGCGGUACAAGGAAAUUCAACGGCAAAUAAUUAAAGAGUACGACGAGAGUAUAAAGGACAACCGGUUUCAGGAAACGAAGCAAAGGUUCAACUAUCUGCACAGCAAACUAUCUCACAUCAAGCAUCUCGUGCACGACUACGACGUCGCCAUCACGAACGGCCUGUGUCGACCGCAGGAGAAUUACUGACGAUUAUUGAAGCCUGUAAAACAGCACCACCCGUCGCAAUUCGUAUGUUGAUGACAUUAAACCCCCUAGCCGAAAGUUAACUGAAGCAGCAAAAAGCACCGUUAAUAGCAUCGUUUACGCCACCACCACCACCACACCGUCGUCGUCGUCGUCGCUCGUCCAGAAUGUCGACCAAUCUCGUAGGAGUGUGUGCGCGCGCGCACACACAGGUGUUGUACUAGAAUGCACACAGUGCGCGUUCACCAACCCGUGCAAGCCGGAGCAGCAGCAGCAACAUGCAAUCCUUUGUUACCUUUUUUAUUUAAACAAAACAAAAAAAAAACACAAAAAUGAAGCAAAAAAGCAACAUUGUUUAGUCGUUAGGAAGUCCACAGACGGAGAGAGAGAAGCCAAGAAGAAGCAACAAUCCCGCGGUCCAAAGUGUUUGGAGCAGCUUUGGGCGUGAUGCCCAAGCGCGGGGAGCGGGGACACUGCAAAUCCCGCACAGCAUCAGUGUCCCUCCCCUCCCCGAUCAGCCAGCCAGCACAGCAAAAGAAGGAAAGAAAGACUUGUCAGUCGUAGUCAUCACACACACACACGGUUGUCGGUCGUCGUCGUCGUACUCGCGUUUUCUCGCCAACAAUUGAACCAAUUGUACACACACUUAGCAAUGAGACACACCCACACACACUUGAAAGCAGGCGCCGGAGUGUCCGGCGGGAACCGGAUCCGUACCCGCGAACCGGGAACCGGUGCGCUCUCUCUUGUGGAAUGUGUGUCGAGAAAACAAAUGAAAAAGAAAACUCAAUUUGGUUGCAGCAGAAGAAGAGGACAGCAAAUCCUAAACACUCACCAGCCACACACACACACACACGCAAACGCGUCUGCUUUGGAGGAAAAGAGAGAAAACAAAUAGACACACACACACACACACAGCAGAGAGAGUGAGAGACAUUAUCAAAUGAAUUGAUUUCUAAGGAUUUUUCUUUAAACUAAUUUUAGGAGUUUAUGAAACUUAACUAGUUAAUUGAAUGUGUUAGAAGCAGCAGCAGCAGCAGCAGGAAAGAGAGAGGGAAAGAAACACAAAGCAAGUGAAGCAGCAAGAAAGAGAAAGAGAGAUACAGGAGAAAGCUCGAAAUCGCCACGAAAAAAUGACGUUACUUCUAUUAGAAUUUUUGAAUUAAUUUUUCUUAGUUUUCUCGUUUUUAAUUUCUCGUUUUGUUUCUUCUGAAAGUUCGAAAAAUUGGAAUUCGAGAAGAACCAACACACCAACACCAGCCGAAAAUUCGCGACACGGAUAUAACACACACACACAAAGACAUACUUCUUCAGUGGGAGAAGUAAGAAAGAGAGAGAGAGAGAGAGAGUUGUAACUGUUUGACGUGGGGCAACGUUUGGAUCGAUUUGAGUUCUGGUAUUAUUUUGCAGUACUUUUUGAACUUACGUGUAAUUCGCUUAUUCACUUUCAUUUAAUUAAUUUCACUUAUUCUUC